GGAGUGGUGCAUUUUACCACAGCACUCGAACGCAGCAGCUGCUGUUUGGUUUCCAUGGCAACGGUUGGCCACAGCUAGGACGAUGGUUUACAUCACAGAGGAUUUGAUCCGCCGGCGCGCCGAGCACAAUGAGUGUGAGAUCUUCUCCCUGGAGGAAGUUUCUCUGCAUCAGCAGGACAUCGAGAGGAUCGAACACCUCGACAGGUGGUGCAAGGAGCUGAGGAUCCUCUACCUGCAGAACAACCUCAUCCCCAGGAUCGCAACCUUCAGCAACCACUCUCAGUUUUUCCACAUCCAGCCAAACAGUCCACAAACUCUAUCAUUUAAACAGAAAGAAAGGGGGAAGGAGAAGGAGCCGAAGGCCCCGAGGACGCUGAUCACUGCUGACGGACGAGUCUUGAAUAUCAAUGAGCCCAAGCUGGAUUUCUGUCUAACAGAAGAUGAAGAAAACAACACGAUUAUCUUGGACCUGGAAGUUUACAGACACAUGGACACGUCUUUGAUCGAUGUGGACGUUCAGCCGUCGUACGCCAGAGUCAGCGUCAAGGGAAAGAUAUUUCAGGUGGUUCUGCCGGCCGAAGUGAAGCCCGACAGCUCGACGGCUCAGAGGUCCCAAACCACCGGACACCUCCUCCUGACAAUGCCCAGGGCUGAAGGUGAAAUCAAAGUGACGAAGACCGUCCCACGUCCACCCAGAGCGCGUCAGAACAGACGCAGCGGCGGCUUAUCGGAGGAUAAUCAAAGGAAAAAUAACGUUCCUGUGAGGCUCGAAGUCGACCCGAGCAAGCGCACAGCCGUCGACCUCGCCAACAUCGUGCCACGCCAGAUCGCCAAAGAAGGGCCGAUGGAAGCAUCCAGACCGCCACCGGCCGCCGAGGAUCUCUUCUCUGAAGGGUUCGUGGACGACCCUGAUGUCCCCCCACUCAUAUAAGAGCACGAGGAUGAGCUUAUGUAACACUCAGACUGUACGAUAGAAACAAAGACGGGAUAUUUCCUUUAAACGGACCUUUAGAUUUCCUCUGACCUGCAGAUGUGUGCAAAUGAACCACUGCAGAGUUCCUGAUGUGUACGGUUCGGUCUGCAAACCUGAUGUCUCAGCGUUUAAUAAAUGACCUUAAACACAUAUUAAUGACACCUGGACAUGAAAUGUAAUUAAAGCUGUGAAGAGGCAGCUUUCUCUCAAA